AUGAUCUUCGCCAAUUCCUUCAUUGCCGCCUGUGGCCUUGCCACUAUCGGACAUGCUCAUAUGCUCCUGAGAAAUUCUGCUCCUUAUACCAGUGCCCGGUGUUCUGGCACGCUGACCGAGAUGGCAAAGGGCUCUAAGCAGAAAAUGGGCUUCACCGGCUCUGCCGUCCAUGGCGGCGGCUCCUGCCAGGUUUCUCUCACCUACGGUAACCGGCCUACUGCAAAAAGCGCUUUCACACAUUGGCUGGCAAUGACCCCACCGCCGUGGCCAUGGGUGCAUACAUACAAUCUCACCAUUCCGCGGGACGUCCCCGCUGGCAACGCCACCCUGGCCUGGCCGUGGGUGAACAAAGUCGGUAACCGCGAGCUCUACAUGAACUGCGCACCUGUCGGGAUUCCCGGCGAUGGUGGUAGCAAGGCGGCCCUCGACGCGCUGCCCGAUAUGUUCAUCGCCAACAUGGCCCCGCGUGCCGACUGCAAGACCACGGAGGGUGUGGACGUUCAGUACCCCAACCCUGGCAAGUCGGUCGACACCCCGGGCUCGAAGUUCAACCCUCCCGUGGGCAACUGUGGUGCUGACGCAGCUCCUGCCAUCCGCGGCCGCUGCGCUACCUUCCGUGGCUAG